AUGUCCACUGCCGACACAGACACUCCCCCCCACAAUGCGGGCCUGCUGAAGCUGCAGCAGCAGCAGCAGCAGCAGGAGGCAGCAGCAGAUAAGUGCAGCUCUCAGCGUCCCAAGGCAAAGAGCAGCAGCAGCAGCAACAACAGCAGCAGCCCUAGCCUCGACGGCGCGCAGGAGCAGCAGCAGCAGCAAAGCAGCCGAUUGCGCGCUGAUGCCUCUGAAUUUAGACCCCUGCCAAAGUCUGUUACUCCGCAGCAGCAGCAGCAGCAGCAGGCAGGCGUAGCCAGUAGCAGCUGCAGCGAGAAGGCCAACAGCAGCAGCAACAGCACACAUCAGCAGCAGCAGCAGCGGCCACCUCCUCCCCCGCCUGCCAGCGUUGUCUGUGAGCAGCAGCAGCAAACGCUGCCCGGAGGCAGCUUCAGAGACAGGCUGCUGAAAGGAGCUGCUGCUAAAAAACCGAGCAGCCCUGCGCAGCAGAAGCAGCAGCAGCAGCAACAGCAGCAGCAACAGCAACAGCAGAAGCCGAAGGAAGCAGCACGAUCCAGGUCUCCACAGCCGCAGCAGCAGCAGCAGCAGCAGGCGGCUGCGGCGGAUAAGGAGCCUUCUAUAAAUGGCUGUGUGCAAGCUCAGCAGCAGCAGCAGCCACAGCAGCCACAGCAGCAGCAGCAGCAGCAACCGCAGCAGCAGCUGCAGGCGCCCGCUGCAUCAAAGCGGGGGCCUUCGCCCGCAUCGCCUCGCCGUGCAGCGCCUGCAGUGGCAGCAGCAGCAGCAAAGCCAGCAGCAGAGGCACCGAAGCAGGGCACCUGGAGCGAUCGGGUGCGAGCUGCUGCUCCUCAGCAGCAGCAGCAGCAGCAGCAGCAGCUGGCACCGACGGCAGGACAAGCUGCUGCUGCAAAGAGAGCCAAGAGCCCAGCAGCAGCAACACCGAAGCAGCAGCAGCAGCAGGGCCUGCAGCAGCAGGACUCCAAGCAGGCAAAAAUCUACUCUCCAGCUGCUCCCGCAGCAGCAGCCACAACAGCUGCUGCAGCAACAGCAGCAGCAAAGGCAGAACAAACAGCAGCAAGUGCUGCUCCUGCUGACAAGUGCCCGAAGGCACAGGACACUCCACCCUCAGCAAAACCAGCAGCACCUGCUGCUGCAGCAGCAGCACCAGCUGCAACCGCAGCAGCUGCAGCUGCAACCACAGCAGCACCAGGCGCAAGCGCAGCAGCACCUGCUGCAACAGCAACAGCACCAGCUGCAACGGCACCAGCUGCAGCAGCACCAGCUGCGGAAGCAUCAGCUGCAGCAGCAGCAGCUGCCCCAGCAGCAGCAGUAGCAGCGCCUGCUACAGCAGCAGCACCUGCUGCUGCAGCAGCAGCACCUGCAACAGCAGCGCCUGCGGAGUCACUGGCUUCUUCCCCAGCCCCCGCAGCAGCAGCAGCAGCAACGGAGAGCUCGGCGAGCACAUCCUCGCCAGACUCCAGCGGAGCAGCAGCAAACGAAAGCCCAGACGCAGCAGCAGCAGCAGCAGCAGCAGCAGGUGGCAGCCUGUCUUGGGCAAUGCGGGCGCGGCUAGCGAAGGACAGGCCCGACCCCGUGAAGCUGCAGCCGUCGCCGCCGCAGCAGCAGCAGGCAGCAGCAGCAAAUGGAGGGGAGCAGCAGCAGCAGCCGCCGCAGCAGCAGCAGCACGGAGGCGCGCAGCGCGGCAGCAGGGGCAGGGGAGGUGCAGCAAGGGGAGGCAGCAGCAGCCACCAAGACCAGCACUGGGGCAGCAGCAGCAGCGCCAGGGGCCCCCACAACAGGGGCAGGGGGGGCCCCCAUGGGGCCCACGGGCAGCGCAGGGGCGGGCUGCGGCAGCAGCAGCAGCAGCAGCAACAGGAGGAGUGGCCGGGGGAGGCGGCGCGGUCAGAGCAGCAGCAGCUGCCGGAGCAGCCGGAGCGGCAGCAGCAGCAGCAGCAGCAGCAGCCAGAGCCGCAGCAGCAGCAGCAGCAGCAGCAAGUUCCCAAACCCGCAGGAGUUUGGGCUGCAGGCGCUGCGCCUCUUGGCCGCUGGGUGGUGCCUCCCCCCCGCCCUGCAGCAGCAGACCAGCAGCAGCAGCAGCAGCGACAGCCAGGAGCUUCAGGAGCUGCUGCUGCUGCUGCUGAGGCUGCAGGCGCAGCAGCCUCCACGGCUGCAUCCGGCACGGAAGAGGCAGAGAAGGCUCCCCGCGCUCCAGCAGCAGCACCUGCUGCUGCUGCACAGCAGCAGCAGCAGCAAGAGCCGUGCGCUGCGCCUGUGUGGCCAAAGUCAAGGCCAACCGUGAAGCGGCCGCAGCAGCAGCAGCAGCAGCAGCAACCCGCAGAGACGCAGCUGCUGCCGGGGCAGUGGCAGCGCUUUGCCCUCCCGAGAGGGAAGAGAGACGCAAUGAAGGCGGAGGAAAAGAAGAGGCCUCCGCAGCAGCAGCAGCAACCGCAGCAGCAGCAGCAGCAGCAGCAGAAGCCGCGGUCGCCUGAGUGGGCGCGCCCCACACCGCUCCCUAUGGCCAGCAGCACUAUCCCUGUGGCUGUCUUUACUCCAGAGGACAAACCAACAGCAGCAGCAGCAACAGCAGCGGCAGCUGCUGCUGCUGUCCUCCCGGGGAUGCUGAGAGAUAGCUUGGCUAUGCCGAAGACAUCCCAAAAGCCGCCGUUGCAGCAGCAGCCACAGCAGCAGCAGCAGCAGCAGCAAAGGCCCGCCGCGCCGCGCACUUCAUCUCCGAGACCCGCUGAAGGCCGCGGGCUUGUGGCUGCAGAACCGCAUCGGCUCCAGGACAGCUGA